AUGCUAUACGAUAUGGGGAGCGAGACUUGCACUGUUGCUGUCCAUGGGCAGAAGCGGAUAUCACUCAAACGCUCUCAUGUUGCCACUAGUUAUGGAAUGCGGCUGAACAGUGCAAUACUUGAAAAGCACGACUUGAUUUCGUUCUGUGAAAUACGGCGAAAAUCAUAUCUAAAGCCACCCCCUCGAAGUGUUACUCCUCCACCCAAGAAAAUAGCUCCCUGCUGCUCUAUCCCACAUCCCAACAUGCAGUCUUCCAGCACCCUGGGCAACUGGUCCACUAAUACCGAAGAUAUCGACAGGGCGGUCGACUAUUCGUUGGUCGUCAAUUCAACUACUUCAUCCAAAUCAACUUUGGACCCCUGGACUGUCAGUCCAGAAGAUAACGAGGCUGGACAGGAGACAAUUCAAGACGACGGCCCGCUGCCUUGGCUGAUGCGGAAGGAAUUUUCUUCGACUUUUCUUAUGCACCACGCACUGUUGAAAGUCUCGCCAAGCUUUAUGGGGGGGAGAUUGCACAAACAAUUCGUCUCAACAAUGUGUCCCGACCCCUUUCGCGGUGUGAAUGGACCUGCUGUAGAGACUCAUGCCUCUCAUGGUGUGAUAUGGCGCGUUACACUAGGAGUACAUAGCACAAACUUGCAGCAUCACUCUGUGUGCUAUCCACAGAUAUUCCACUAUGAGGCGCAGCUUUCCCGCGCAACGCGCGCCAUUCCCGCGCUUCACGAUGUAUGCGCAUGCACGCGUUCCCGCGCUUGA